GGUCCUGUGGCACAAAAGAGGCGGAGCUGGAGGAAGAGGCAGGCGCUCCGGGCUGGGGAGGGAGCGCUAGGGCUGCUGGGUAAUUUCUCUCUGCCUUUAGCUUUUCUCUGAUGGACUGAACUACAACACCCAGAAUCCUCCAGCAACUCCGGCGUUGUCCCUGGAACAUGGUGCUGUAGGGGGUACAAUAUCCCUUGUGAUUUAUAGGAGGAGAGCCCUGAUCCCCAUCUGACUUCUGUUUCUGGUGCUGCAGGAGGAUACAUGAAUAAGGACCAUUAGACCCCACCACACCAGUGAGCGACUCAAAGUCCCACCCUGCCGAGAUGGUUGGAGGCGGAGCUUAGGAAGAUUGCUGUACUUAUGCGCAGUGGGACCCAACCUGCUUUUUCCGUACAGGAAUCCCUGGAUCCAAUCGCAGCUCAGCAUGAGACUGACAGGAACCCACAGGCUUCAGCACCGGAGAAAAAGACAGGGGACUGGGGUCUCGCCCCCCAGCCGUACAGAUGCCACAGGCAGCAAGAGGCGAAUUGAGGAGGAGGAAGGAGGUCCAGCCAUGAAACUCUUCCUUUCCGAAGAUGCCGUGUCUGCCCGGCUCCAGCGCCUCAGCCUGGACAAUGACCACAGCUACGGGGCCAACGGCUUCCCCAGAACCUCCAAGGAGCUCGAGCCCCUGUUCGGAGAAUUUGGUGAGAAUGGGAGGUUGGAUGAGACAGAAGAGGAGGAAGAGGAGGAUAAUGUAGUUGUAGACCCAGGGGAGUUCUCUAUGAACCACAUCAAGGUCCUCAGUGUUUGCCCCUUGCUAGAAGAAACCCUCCAGCAGCACCGGCCUGGCAGCAUCUUGCCCGAGAGAAUCCUGCACUCCCUGUCCUCCCCGUGUAUGGAGCUUGUUCUAUGGUCGCCCCCUUCAGGCCACAUCCAGCAGCUCAUACGAUGCCUGGCUGGGACUCUAGAGCCUCCCCUGCAAGAUCUUUCCCCCAAUGCGGUUGCUAAGGACCAAGAGGACCAAAUGGAACUGUAAGGGAGACACUGGGACGUGUGUGUAUCAUGGAGUGAGUGGGUGCCAAGGUGCCCGGGUCUGUGUAGGGCAGAGCUCAGGCUAAGGACUGACUUGAGUGGCCUGAAGGUGGCGCCUUUCUCCAAAGGCCAAUCAGAUGUUUGUGAGUUUGGUGAUUGCCGUUGGCAAAGGCUCCACCCACCAAGGAAUGGGACUGAUUUUUGUACCUUGAUUUUAUUUAUUGCUCAGGCGUCGGCGCACGGGGCCUUCACUGUGGGACGUGCGAUACAGUCUGUGGGGGCAGAGAGUCUUGUUCAUGGAAAUAAAUGUUAUCCUUACUGACA